AUGUUGACCAACUGGUUCUCCCCUCCCGCAGGCAGCAGCCGCUCCUCGACCGAUGACGCUCGCGCCGCCGACACGGAUGACGAUACCCAGGUCAUGGAGCCCGACCAGGGCAACGUCCUCUCCCACAUCAUCUCCCAGCUACGGCCCGGCGCCGACCUGAGCCGCGUCGUCUUGCCCACCUUUAUCCUCGAGCCCCGGAGCAUGCUCGAGAGAAUAACAAACUUCAUGUGCCAUCCCGAGAUGCUCCUCCACAUCCCUGCCAUAGACGACCCCGUCGAGCGCUUCCUCUCCGUUGUCAAGUUCUACCUUACUGGCUGGCAUAUCCGCCCUCCAGGCGUCAAGAAACCGCUCAACCCCAUCCUGGGCGAAGUCUUCACCUGCUCCUGGAACCUCGAUGGCCAGCAUCGAGCAUACUACGUGUCCGAACAGACCUCUCACCACCCGCCCAAGUCGAGCUACUUCUACAUGGCCCCCCAUUACCACAUCCGCAUCGACGGCACCUUGAAGCCCCGGAGCAAGUUCCUCGGCAACUCGGCCGCCAGCCUCAUGGAGGGCAUCGCCUUCCUGAGCCUGCUCAACAGGGGCAAGGACCCCAUCAAGGGAGAGCAAUACAUCAUAACGCAACCAAACAUGUAUGCGCGCGGCAUCCUCUUUGGCAAGAUGAAGUAUGAGCUCGGCGACCACAGCUUUGUCCGCUGCCCCGAGCUCGACUUGGUGGCCGACGUCGACUUUAAGACCAAGGGCUGGGUCGGAGGCACCUACAACGCCAUCGGCGGCGCCAUCAAGCGAGAGAGCACGGGCGAGGUCCUCUACGAGCUCUCGGGUCUGUGGAGCGAAGAAAUGUUCAUCAAGGAUAUGGCGACGGGCCAAAGGGAAAUGUUCUUUGACGCAACCAGGUCAAAGCCCAGCCCACCGCAGGUGCGGCCCAUCGACGACCAGGACGAGCGCGAAUCGCAACGGCUCUGGGAAAGGACGGCCAGAGCCGUCAAGGAGCGGAACCACGAGGUCGCGACCGACGAGAAGACCAAAAUUGAAGAUCGACAACGAGAAGAGGCCGCCGCCCGGGCUCAAGAAAAUGUCGAAUGGCAUCCGCGGCUGUUCCGGAGGGUCAAGGGAGGUCCAGGCGGGCCCGAGGAGGGCCAGGAGGACUUGGAGUGGAUCAUCAACUCGGCUGUAGACCCGGCGGCGCCGCCCGAGAAGCAAGUCGAGCAGAUACUCUGCAUCUACCCCAUCGUCGAGGGCCAGAAGCUGGGCCAAGACAUCACCAUACCGCCACCUCCGGCUCCGGCUCCGGCCGCGACGUCAAACGGCAAGGCGGCUGAAGAAAGCCUCAUAGACUUUGGCGGCGGCGAUGACGUGGUCGCUCCUCCACCUCUACAGGCGCCCGCGAAACACCAGCCGGACGUAGUGGAGAGCGCGCUCGCGUUGACGGGUAAGGCGCCCGAGGGGCCGCUGAUUGACUUUACGCAGGAGAUGAAGAAGGACUUGCCGCAGCGGGACAAGACUGCUUUGUAG